AUGUACAGAUGGGUUCUUUUGGAAGUUCUUGAUAAACUUGCACCAGGGUCUGUUACAUGGAGGCUAGCAAACAAACCUCCAAUUAAAAUGCUGUUUAGAAAGGUUGAAAAUUGCAAUCAAGUUAAAAGAAGGAAAUUAGUGAUUAGGUUUGGAUAUUAUUGCAUGCACCGAGCUUUCUUAUGGCAGUUGAUGAGAUUUAGCAUGCUUCAACUCUUGAAAAACUUAAGAACUUAUGGACAAGGAAAGGAAAUAAUGGAUGCUGAUAUUUUACAAUGGGCAAAUAAGAAAGUGAAAGAUACAGGGAAAUCAGGACACAUGGAUAGCUUCAAGGAUAAACGCCUAUCAGAUGGUAUUUUCUUUCUUGAGCUUCUUAGUGCAGUGGAAAAGAGGGUGGUAAACUGGGGUCUUGUUACCAAGGGCGAGACCGAGGAGGAUAAGAAGUUAAACGCAACGUAUAUAAUUAGUGUUGCAAGAAAACUGGGGUGUUCUAUCUUCUUAUUGCCUGAAGAUAUUCUUGAGGUUAACCCAAAGAUGAUUUUGAUCCUAACAGCAAGCAUUAUAUACUGGAGCUUAUUACAGAAGGCUAAAGUUAAUGAAGAAGAUAGACCACCAGAUGAACCCACUGUUGCAACAGAAGAAGUAGAGGGAAAUCCAGCCAUGGAUGAAGCUGCUACUGAUGAUGGUGGUACUGUGCACCAGAUGGCUUUAAGUCUCUUUCGUACAUUGGCUGCAGUUGCAAGAAAUGUGAUCAUUGCCAAUACUUUCGGUUCAGCUGCCCUGCUUGUGGUAUUCUUGCUGGGUGGAUUUAUCAUGCCCAUAGGAUUUGCAUUUACUCCUGUUGAUCUGCUAAUAUACUGUAUACUCAUUGAAGAAUGCUUGAAAAUUUGA